CACACUUUAUGUUGAAAGUUCAUACCGGAAGUACUUUGCCGUUUUCCUGCUGCGACAUUGUUGUUGAAGGUGCCAUGCUAGAUCCAUCUUGUGAAUACAGAUAAACUGUCAUGAAAAGUAAUUACGCCUUAUUUUAAGACAUUGCCCAUUUAAACGUUUUAAAAUGGGUAAAAGGGAUAAAGUGGACCGGGAAAAGAAAUCCAAAAAACGUUAUUAUGAAGAAGAAGAUGAAGAAGAUGAGGUUAUAGGCAAUGAGUCUCAAGAAGCCGUUCCUGCAGCUGCGGGAAAACAAGUGGACGAGUCUGGAACCAAACUGGAUGAGUAUGGAGCCAAAGACUAUCGUUCUGAGAUGCAGCUAAAGAAUGACCAUUCUUCACGUCCACUCUGGGUGGCCCCAGAUGGACACAUCUUUCUGGAAGCCUUCUCACCGGUCUAUAAGUAUGCCCAAGAUUUCUUAGUGGCCAUUGCAGAGCCUGUGUGCAGGCCUAAUCAUGUCCAUGAGUACAAGCUGACUGCAUACUCCCUCUAUGCGGCUGUUAGUGUGGGGCUGCAAACUUCUGAUAUUGUGGAGUACUUGCAGAAACUCAGCAAGACAUCUGUACCUGAUGGAAUCGUGCAGUUUAUUAAGCUUUGCACUGUGAGCUAUGGCAAAGUCAAGCUGGUGCUCAAACACAACAGGUAUUUUGUAGAGAGUGCCUUCCCUGAUGUGAUCCAGCACCUUCUGCAGGACAAUGUGAUCCGUGAGUGUCGUCUACGUGCUGCCGAUGGAGCAGAAUCUGAACUUAUUACUGAAGUGAUCCACAGCAAGUCAGCGAUCUCAAAGUCUGCUCAGGAAAAGGGAGGUGCCUCCACCUCACAGCAACCAAGUGAUGGACAGACUUCAAACCAGCAGGUCCCUGAGGACAUCUUCAGCUACUAUGAACAGAUGGAUAAAGAGGAAGAGGAAGAGGAGGAGACUCAGACGGUAUCCUUUGAAAUUCGCCAGGAGAUGAUUGAAGAGCUACAGAAGCGUUGUAUUCAGCUUGAGUAUCCCCUCUUAGCAGAGUACGACUUCCGCAAUGACACAGUCAACCCUGACAUCAACAUCGACCUGAAACCCACCGCUGUGUUGCGUCCCUACCAGGAGAAGAGUCUGCGCAAGAUGUUUGGAAAUGGACGUGCACGUUCAGGAGUCAUAGUGCUGCCAUGUGGAGCGGGUAAAUCUCUGGUGGGCGUGACAGCAGCGUGCACUGUGCGGAAGCGCUGCCUGGUGUUGGGCAACUCCUCUGUGUCAGUGGAACAGUGGAAGGCCCAGUUCAAGAUGUGGUCCACUAUCGAUGACUCUCAGAUCUGCCGCUUCACUUCCGAUGCCAAGGACAAGCCCAUUGGCUGCUCAAUAGCCAUCAGCACUUAUUCCAUGCUGGGUCACACCACCAAGAGAUCCUGGGAGGCUGAAAGGGUCAUGGAGUGGAUGCGGAGCCAGGAAUGGGGACUCAUGAUCCUGGAUGAGGUGCACACCAUCCCUGCAAAGAUGUUUCGUCGUGUUCUGACCAUUGUCCAGGCCCACUGCAAACUGGGCCUCACUGCCACGUUGGUCAGAGAAGAUGACAAAAUUGUUGACCUCAACUUCCUAAUUGGGCCUAAGCUAUAUGAGGCCAACUGGAUGGAACUGCAGAAUAAUGGUUAUAUUGCCAAAGUCCAGUGUGCUGAGGUGUGGUGUCCCAUGUCUCCGGAGUUUUACAGAGAGUAUGUGGCCAUCAAGACAAAGAAGCGCAUCCUGCUUUACACGAUGAAUCCCAAUAAGUUCCGCGCUUGCCAGUUUCUCAUUCGCUUCCAUGAGCGACGCAACGACAAGAUCAUUGUCUUUGCGGACAACGUGUUUGCCUUGAAGGAAUAUGCCAUUCGCCUGAACAAGCCUUUCAUUUACGGUCCCACCUCUCAGGGUGAGCGGAUGCAAAUUUUACAGAACUUCAAACAUAACCCCAAGAUCAACACUAUUUUCAUCUCCAAGGUUGGAGACACUUCUUUUGACUUGCCAGAAGCCAACGUUUUGAUCCAGAUCUCCUCCCACGGUGGAUCACGCAGACAGGAGGCCCAGAGGCUUGGAAGAGUCUUAAGAGCCAAGAAAGGGAUGGUGGCAGAGGAGUACAAUGCAUACUUCUAUUCACUGGUGUCCCAGGACACCCAGGAGAUGGCUUACUCCACCAAGAGACAGAGGUUCCUCGUGGACCAGGGAUACAGCUUUAAGGUGAUCACAAAGUUGGCAGGUAUGGAAGAAGAAGACUUAAUGUUCUCCACCAGAGAUGAUCAACAGCAGCUGCUUCAGAAGGUGCUGGCUGCCUCAGACUUGGACGCUGAGGAGGAAAUAGUGGCUGGCGAAGUGGGCACACGACCACAGGUCUCGAGGCGAGCGGGCACCAUGAGCUCCAUGUCAGGUGCAGAUGACACCAUCUACAUGGAAUAUCAGAGUCGAAGCAGCAAAGCCUGUGCAUUAGGCAAGAGCGUUCACCCCCUGUUCAAGCGCUUCAGAAAGUAGCGCCACUGAACCUUGACACCUCAAGACUUACUCUGUUGUAACAGGGAGAAAGGACAUGACUUCAGAGGGGAAAAGCAACUACUGAGCUGCAACUUCAGACUCCUUCUGGUCUGGUGAAGAGAGCAACUUUUGGAGAUAACCUGCAACAAAGUUUGAAGGUUCUGGAAAAUACUGGUGUUACGCAGGGUGAAACUGGAUGGUUACUUGAACAUGACCAGUGUUUUAUCUCAUGUAAAUGGUAACCUGAUCGAAAGCUUUUUUUUGGAAAUAUGGCUAUAAUGGCCAUUGAUUUGUUCCUAAAGACUUUAUGGUAUGUUAUGGAAUUUCCUUCUUUAAAAUGUUCCUAAAUAUAUUUUGUAGAACAAAAUGUUUUGGAAUUUCUUUGGUUACUUUUAGAAAUAUUAAAAAGAUCACACAUCUUUUACUGCACAAGACCUAAAUUAAUGUUUGCUGCAAAGAUUAUACAUACAGUGUUAAAUUACAAAGGUGAAAUAGAACAUGACAACAUCCUAAAUUCACAUGUUAAACUAAAGAAAACAAACAACUCUUGUUUCUGUCAGUAAUAAAAAAAAAAAGUAGUCACUGCUGGCUACAUGUAACAGAAUAACUCAGUAACUUAGUUCCUGUUAUUUGGCCAAACAGAGAAUGUGUAGAUUAUGCACAAGAUUUCUUUCCCUCUAAGACUGAAGGAAGGGAAAACACUUGCAUAAAAGCCUGGGAUAGAGGGAGCAUGAAAAGGAGGACGGAUCUACUUCUUUUACUUCUUGAUGACUUGAAGAUAUUCCAAGAAGAAAAAUCAGUAGCCUGGUGCAAGCUAUAAAAGGGCGAGUGUGGGAAAAUGCCCUCCUCUGCCCGGCUUACCCUUUUGCAGCAGUAUCCCCCGUGAAUGGCCUCAUCUGUGGCCUUUCAGCUUAAGCACUAUAUUGUUUCUUGUGGCGACUUGAGGCUUAAACUUUAUAAGUUAAAAAAAAGUGAAGAGCAUUGAAGUUGAUUUUAAUGAAUGUGUCUGUUGAUUAAAGAUAAAGAAGAUUUGUGCUGAUUUAAAUCUUUUUUAAAGGAUUCAUGGAAGAUGGUAUGAUUAGCUCAGAUUUGUAAUUCCUCAGAAAUGAAGAGAAGGCAAUAAGUUAAAAGCAUUUAGUGCUAAACCGCUUAAAGAUCUAGAAGAUCAGCAUCUUAAGUCAGAUUAGGUGCUUUUGUUUACUCUGUGAGGUAAAUGCAUUGGCUUAAUUGCCAAACAUACCAUUUGGCUUUUGCAGAUGUUUAAUUAUCCAUCAGGUGUCAAGAAAAAUAUAACACAUGUAAAUCUUAUCUCAGUGGGAGCUUCACACAUGUAUCACUUCUACAGUCUACACCUACACCCCCAGUCUUUGUCAGCAUUCCCUUAAGUAAAGUUUAUGACAUGAAAACUUGCAUAUGUUUAUGUAAACAGUUGUUUUUGAACGCUUCUCUCAUGCUUACAUGAGCUGUGGGUGGGGUUGUCCUUUUUUAUCAAGAAUUUUAACGGGUAAAUCGACUUCAUGUGACGUUUAUAAUUGUGUUCCUUUUCUUCUCGGGGUGGGCAGUGCGCGUGCACGUUCGCUGCCUGAUUGAUUGAUGUGAUGUAACUGUGU